GAUGUUGGCUAAUCUAUCAUUAUGAAGUCUUUUCUGAUUGUAACAAAAGGAAUCAUUUGUUGUCCCAAAAUAACUAGAAUAAAAGGUCAGUGAUAAGCACCUCUAGAGAGAUUUCAAUGAAAUAUAUUAAGACAGAUCUCAUUGAAUAAAAUUGUUUUUAAAAUCGUAAUCGCCUGUGAGACUAUUUCAAAUAAGCCAGAAUCUUGAGUAAGUGAGGGGGGGAGAUCACGAGUUAUUUGAAAACUCUUCUCCCUUGAGAAUUGCUACUAUAUGAAUUCCAAAGAGAGCUUAAUCACACCUUCUAUUGAGGCAUUUAAGACGAAUGAAUGGAUAGCUAACUUUUGAGGUGGACUUUGAAGGGUGACUAGGAUUUUGACAGACAAAGAUGAGAGAAUAGAAGAAACCUCUUGAACAAAGUGUGUGUUGAGAAAGAGACAUGGUCUUUUCUGUAAAAUAUAAUUCAUAUUGAAAAAUACUUGGAGAAAAUACUGGAAAAACUGGUGUAUAGGCACAUAUUGGAGCUCUCAGAUUGUGAGUCUAAUGUCUUGGCACUUAGUUCACUAGAAUGGUAAGCUCACUAGAGGUUUUAGCGCAAUACCAUAAAAACUGUCCUCAUAAAGACAGAAUUUAUGACACUCAGAAGGAGAGAUGGGAUAGAAGCAAACUUUAAAUAUAUCAGGCAAUGGAAAAUGAAUCAUAAAAAUACAUACAAGUAAAUUUGGAGAAUGGACACACUAUAAAAACAAAAUGUGAUUUUUCAAAGAUUUGGAUUUUGGGGUAAUUAUUGAUCAGACUUUUAAAAAUGUUACUCAUCUUGUUUUCUAGGCAUGCUUGUUAGGGUAUACCAGUAAAGGUGUCAAGUAGAUAAAUGAAAGUAGAUAAAUGAAAUGAGUUGGAGAUUUGGAUUUAGGAAUAUUUCAAAUAAUAGGCUGGCAUGGAAGUAGAAACAUUUAAAGGAAAAAGAUUUAAAAAAUAAGAGGCUAAAGGCAUAAGUUUGGAAAACGUUCACAUUUUGGAGCAACAGAAAGAUGAAGAACCAAUAGAGAAGACCAACACUAAAAUACUGCUAGAGUUUGCUUUGGCAGAGAAAUCUAUGAUGGAAAAUGUCUUAUGUGACAGGCCUAUUUUAACAGGCUGUGGAGAUAAUAAAGAGUAUUAUAAGGAAGACACAUAAAAAAGUUUCUUGUACUGGUAUAAAAAAGUUUAGGAAAUUUGGCAUUCAUUAAUCAUAGAAAAGCAGAAACUUAAUAAUCAAUCCUUAAAAAGAAAGAUAAAGUAUAGAAAGGUAGAAUUCUCAUUCCAGAGUAAUAUAUACAAACAUUUUGGGUGAUCAGAUAAAUAUGAACAUAUUUCUUCCACACAAAAGUAUGGACCAUGCUUUCUGUCUCUGAUAUCCAUGACAUGUCUAGAUCAUAUUAAAUUUUUUGCUAAUCGAUACAGAUAUUUAAAAUGCUCGGAAGAAAUGUCUUUCCUUGUGAAGAAAGAGAUCCCUAGCUGGAAUGAAAUUAGUGUAAGGAGCCAGACAGUAUGAAUGCCUCUACAGUCGAUAAAGGUGAAGAUCCACUAUUAAGUAGGAUAAGGGAAAAGAAAAUAUUGGAUUAAAAGAACCCGAUUAUAGAGGAGGUAAGUGAACUCAUGUAUUAUUACCUGUCGGAGCCGCUUGAUGUCGCUGUCUACAAAGAAGUUCUGUCUAGCCAAGAUCCAGACUUUGCUCUAACAGUAUCUGUCUCUAAAUGCCGAACAAUGGCGGAUGCAGCGGCAUUGGAUUAAAAGACUCCAGGCAAUGCCGUAGUUCGUCUUUAUAUCAAACAAGCUCUUCUGACAGCAAUAAAACGAGUACUUGACAUGGUGUUUUCUUGGCGAGGAGGCCCGGGAUCCCGGCGUCUGCUGCUCUCGCUUCUGCUCCUCGCAGUCUGGAAGGUCGGGAGCGGCCAGGUCCACUACUCCGUCUCCGAGGAGGCCAAACACGGCACCUUCGUGGGCCGCAUCGCGCAGGACCUGGGGCUGGAGCUGGCGGAGCUGGUGCCGCGCCUGUUCCGGGUGGCGUCCAAAGGCGGCGGGGACCUUCUGGAGGUAAAUCUGCAGAAUGGCAUUCUGUUUGUGAAUUCUCGGAUCGACCGCGAGGAGCUGUGCGGGCGGAGCCUGGAGUGCAGCAUCCACCUGGAGGUGAUCGUGGACCGGCCGCUGCAAGUUUUCCACGUGGAGGUGGAGGUGAAGGACAUUAACGACAACCCGCCUGUGUUUCUGGUAAAGGAACAAAAGCUAUUUGUUUCAGAAUCCAGAAUGCCAGAUUCUCGGUUUCCGCUAGAGGGUGCUUCGGAUGCAGAUAUUGGAGCUAACUCCAUUUUAACCUAUAGGCUAAGCUAUAGUGAUUAUUUCCUGCUCGAUGUGAAUUCCAAGAGCGAGGAGAAUAAGGUUGAACUCGUCUUAAGAAAAUCCUUGGACAGAGAGGAAGCUCCCGAACACAGCUUACUCCUGACGGCCACUGACGAAGGCAAACCUGAGCUCACGGGCACCGUUCAGCUGCUGGUCACCGUGCUGGACGUGAAUGACAAUGCUCCCAGUUUCGAACAGUCUGAAUAUGAAGUAAGAAUAUUCGAAAACUCCGACAACGGAACAAUAGUUAUCAGACUGAAUGCUUCUGAUCGGGAUGAAGGAGCGAAUGCAGAGAUUUCAUACUCUUUUAAUAGCCCUGUUCCACCCAUGGUUAUUGACCAGUUUAGCAUAGAUUCAAAUACUGGAGAAAUGACAAUUCGAAAGAAUCUAGAUUUUGAAAAAGUGAAUUCCUAUAAAAUCCGCAUUGACGCCACGGACAGAGGCCACCCUCCCAUGGCUGGUCAUUGCACCGUUUUAGUGAAAGUUUUGGAUAUUAAUGAUAAUGUCCCUCAGAUUGUAUUGACUUCCUUAUCGUUGCCUGUCCGAGAGGACGCUAAAUUCGGUACUGUCAUUGCCCUAAUUAGCGUGUCCGAUCUCGACGCAGGUGCCAACGGGCAAGUAACCUGCUUUCUGACGCCCCAUAUUCCCUUCAAGCUGGUGUCCACCUUCAAGAAUUACUAUUCACUGGUGCUGGACAGUGCCCUGGAUCGCGAGAGUGUGGCUAACUAUGAGGUGGUGGUGACCGCGCGGGACGGGGGCUCGCCUUCUCUGUCGGCCACCGCCAGCGUGUCCGUGGAGGUGGCCGACGUGAACGACAACGCGCCGGCGUUCGCGCAGCCCGAGUACACGGUGUUCGUGAAGGAGAACAACCCGCCCGGCUGCCACAUCUUCACGGUGUCUGCGCGGGACGCGGACGCGCAGGAGAACGCGCGGGUGUCCUACUCGCUGGUGGAGCGGCGGGUGGGCGAGCGCGCGCUGUCGAGCUACGUGUCGGUGCACGCGGAGAGCGGCAAGGUGUACGCGCUGCAGCCGCUGGACCACGAGGAGCUGGAGCUGCUGCAGUUCCAGGUGAGCGCGCGCGACGCGGGCGUGCCGCCUCUGGGCAGCAACGUGACGCUGCAGGUGUUCGUGCUGGACGAGAACGACAACGCGCCCGCGCUGCUGCCGCCUGCGGCGGGCGGCGGGGACGGAGCCGUGAGCGAGGUGGUGGCGCGGUCUGUGGGCGCGGGCCACGUGGUGGCGAAGGUGCGCGCGGUGGACGCGGACUCGGGCUACAACGCGUGGCUGUCUUAUGAGCUGCAGCCGGCGGCGGGUGGCGUGCGCAGCCCGUUCCGCGUGGCGCUGUACACGGGCGAGAUCAGCGCGACUCGCGCCCUGGACGAGGCGGACUUGCCGCGCCAGCGCCUGCUGGUGCUGGUGAAGGACCACGGCGAGCCCGCGCUGACGGCCACGGCCACUGUGCUGCUGUCGCUGGUGGAGAGCCGCCAGGAGCCAAAGGCCUGGUCGCGGGCGUCGGAGGGCGCGGCGGGCGCGGAGACGGUGCUGCUGGAUGUCAACGUGUAUCUGAUUAUCGCCAUCUGCGCUGUGUCCAGCCUGUUGGUGCUCACGCUGCUGCUGUACACGGCGCUGCGGUGCUCGGCGCUGCCCACCGAGGGCGCGUGCGGGCCAGGGAAGCCCACGCUGGUGUGCUCUAGCGCGGUGGGGAGCUGGUCGUAUUCACAGCAAAAGCGGCCUAGGGUGUGUUCUGGGGAGGGACCGCCCAAGACCGACCUCAUGGCCUUCAGUCCCAGCCUUUCUCCCUGUCUUGGGUCUGUAGAUGCGACGGGAGAUCAGCAAGCUUCUUUGGACUCCUCUGGGAAGCCACGACAGCCCAAUCCUGACUGGCGUUACUCUGCCUCCCUGAGAGCAGGAAUGCACAGCUCUGUGCACCUGGAGGAGGCUGGCAUUCUGCGGGCUGGUCCAGCAGGGCCUGAUCAGCAGUGGCCGACAGUAUCCAGUGCAACACCAGAACCAGAGGCAGGAGAGGUGUCCCCUCCAGUCGGUGCUGGUGUCAACAGCAACAGCUGGACCUUUAAAUAUGGACCAGGCAACCCCAAACAACCUGGUCCCGGUGAGUUGCCAGACAAAUUCAUUAUCCCAGGAUCUCCUGCAAUCAUCUCCAUCCGGCAGGAGCCUACUAACAGCCAAAUUGACAAAAGUGACUUCAUAACCUUCGGCAAAAAGGAAGAGACCAAGAAAAAGAAGAAGAAGAAGAAGGGUAACAAGACUCAGGAGAAAAAGGAGAAAGGGAACAGCACGACUGACAACAGUGACCAGUGAGGUCAUCUAAUGGAAACAAGCCACUUAGCCAGUUUUUGUAAUAAUGGCAAAUCUCUCCCAUGUAGCAACUCCCUUCUCCCUUCUUCUAUCCACCUGAGCCCUCUCUUAGAGACCUCAGAAAUCUGCAGAAAGUUCCCUGUGUCUGUCUAGAUUGCAUUUAACAGGUUUUGUCUGAAAAGCUUCACUAAGUCUGGUGUUAACUCUUUCUCUCCGCUCUGGCUUGUUUUCAGAACCUAAAAAGCAGACCCAAGUUUCCUUUCUCCUCCGCCGCAAAGGAGAGGCUUCUCAGCCCCGCCAGUGAGAGGUUGGACUCUCU